AUGUCUGCCAUAACUAUUAAUCAAGUGCAAUAUGUGUCUCCGUUGCAGUGCUAUAUUUAUGCCAACAAGCAGCUUGAGCCCAACAUUAUCUGCAGAGGCUGCAAAAUGCAACGAUACUGCAGCCUACAGCAUCUGGUCGAGGAUCAAGCACAUCGUGACUUUUGCCGAGUGCUCAUUGAUCUGCAAAAGUCACAAAACAUUGGACAUCCCCUGCUUCUAGCCGGCCCGCUUUUGGGACGCGCCCAACUACAGCAGGCCAUGGCUCAACUUAUGCUGGCGGUCCGCGUCAAGCUGCGGCGUCUGUUGACGCGUCGCGAAUGCGAACUUAUUGGCUAUCCCGGCUAUUGUGUGGUCUGCUAUCGCCUAGAGCCGCUGACAGCUUGCGUCGGCUGCGCGGGCGUCGCCUAUUGCUCCGCGGAGCAUCGCCGUUUGGAUUGCUGCAAUCACACGCCGGCCGUGUGCCGGACCUUGGCACUCUACUAUUCACCCUACCGACUGUUGGCCAGUCAGCUGGACAUUGUGCAGCUGAAGCAGCGCAGUGACUUGAAGCGCAGCCAUUUGGUGGAAACGUUUUACGCAGCCACAGAAAUUCGCAUUGAUAGCCAGCCUUGGCGCUCCUUGGAGCAGUAUGAACGCUUUGCCGCUUGCUCCUCGUUCAGCGGCAUUGCCAGCGUCUGCCUGGCGCUUACAAAUAUAUCCUUUGUCGCCGCACCUCAUGAGAUUCUCAGCGUUUAUGUGGUGGGUGCCCAGGAGCUGCAUCGCAGCUACUUUCAACUGAUGCACCUCAAGUUCUUCUUUCUGCAAUACCCAGAUGUCUGCCAGCUGGAAGUGUACUUCAUUGGGCACAAGCUGCAGCCUCGAGCUGGCGAGGAGCUGCUCACAUUUAUGCAAGGGGGCUGCCAACGCAAAGUUGUCCUGUGCACAUUUCCAAAAACUUUCGAGCGCUUCGCCAAGACACAUAGAGUAGAUCCCGUGCUGAUUAUAAUAUAUAAUCCCGAUUUCGCUGCAAUGGACACGCUGACAGAAGGUAUCGUGGAACGGAAAUAUCCGCAUGCAGUGCAGCCAUCGGAGCAGGAUGACUAUAGCUGGCAUGGCUGCCUCUUGGAGACUCUCCACACCUAUGGGGUGCCAAUUUGUUUUACCUCACCCACUAAGAUGCAGGCGCGUUCGGAUCUCAAUUGUGUUAAUGUGCUGGCCAAAGGUUAUAAAAUUGCCAUUGAACGUGUCUACAAUUGCACAGAGAAUCCCUAUCGCGAGAUAUUACCUCAGCACAAUCCCUGUCCCGAUGACGACGAAACCGUUAUUUAUGCAAAUAACUAUUUGGAAGUUGUUUUUACAACCAAAAAAAAG